UUUCAAACAGCAACUUCGAACUUCAAAGUGCAGUUCGUGGCGUCGUUGAAACCGUCGCGACAGCGUUGACGUCGGCAGCAUGCACAGCGUGUCCGCAUGUCCUCCGCGCUCACACGACGAAGCUUGAUGCAAAGUUCCGUGCGUAACCCCCCCCCUGGGACCGCAACCCUGGAAAAUCCUCCAUUGAAAACGACAACGGUGACGUACCCGCGACUGUUGGAGAAAAUCCGGAUAAUUGGCUAUUGCUACGGUGGAUUAUUCCAAGCAAGGAGCGAUGGACGGCGGCAUCGGCGAAAUGUCCGCGCCGUCUUCUCCGUUGAAGGCGCAUCAUCGAUCUCGCAAAGGUGACAAGCGAGAAUCACCAUCCCGUCAAUCGUCCUCGGACAAGAAGAGCUCGAAAAAGCCCCAUGACCUGCCCCAGAUGCAGUUUAUUGACUUUGACGUGAUCAAAGGCUCGGCGUUCUUCAACACCAAACCCAGCAAGUACAACAAAGAGCUGGUGCGCCAGGGGUUUUACCGCGCGAUCCUGUUUCCGUUCUUUGGCCAGUACUGGAAACAAAAGGACCAUUGGUUCUAUGCUGGAACGACCGCAGUGUACGUCGUACAUUUAGUGGCCACCGCCAUGUACCUCGCAGACGUCCGAAACGAGCCAGCGCCGCUAACGUCGUUUGAAAUAUGGACCCCCGUGGUGCUGUUGAUCUUGACAGCGUGUGGAUACGGCCGCGUGUCGUCGAUCGUGCUGUCCGCCGACCCCGAGGGUAGCCUGAGUUUGAACGGCCAACUGCACGGGAUCAACUUGCACUCUCCGCUGUCGACACCCCUUGCCGCCGCGAGCAAAGGACGAGGUCCACCACCGCGAGAUCACACGCACGCCCCCGUGGUGGAAGGGGUCAACAGUAUCGAUCCGUCGUUGCUCGAGUCGGAAGGGUCGUCGGGGGAGAGCGGCGACAGCGACAGCGACGGCGGGGCGUCCUCGUCCUCGGAAGACGAAGUGCCCAAGGCCCUGGACGAGCACGACGACGUCAUGCCGUUUCCCCACUCGAACCAGCGGCGAAGGUUCAGCGAGUCAUCGUUCGGAGGCGAUCACAUCACCCACCGCCGAGUUAAAGUGUGUGUGUGGAAAGGCAACCAACUCGUGAAAGAAGCCAUGUCCAUCACGGAGCUACGCAACCACAUCCUUCUCAAGGUGAAAUCGCAGCCGCCCCGUCAUUUGUACCGGACCGUGGCGCGGUUGAGUGGGUGUCUUGUGGCGCUGGUUCCGCUCUUGUUUCGCGUGUUGCAGUACUUUCACGACCAGCACAUCAACAUCUACGACCCAUAUGUUCUUUACGAGGCGGUGCCGUCGCUCGUGCUGAAAACGUCGCGGCUACCUCUCGCCGUCGUCGUCGCGUUUAUCCAGAACCAUUUGUGCCUCGAGUCGCUGCUGUCAGUGUCGUGCACGGCCGCCACAUAUAUCAUGGGCAGCGUUAUCUUUUCCGCGCUCGCCGACGCAGAAGUCACCUACCACCGGCGGUUUCUGUACGCCAAGUGCUUUACGGCGCUCACGUCGUCGCGGCGAUCCAAAGCGUCGCACUUGCCGCAUUUCCGCCUCAAGAACGUCGUCAACAUCAAGGCGUGGCUGAGUCUGCGCGGAGGGCGCUCCUGGCUCAAGCGUCAGGGCCGACAGCGGGCCGCCGACGAGAUCGUGUCGACCAGCUUCCUCAUCGUGCUGCUGUUUUUGGCGGUCAUGGGGGUACAGGCUGUGUCGGAGACCAUGCCCAAUACAACAUCGCACUUGUCCACGGUGCUGCACACCGAAGUAACUGUGUGGUGUUUACUCUCCAGUGUGUUUUUGCUGCGGUUCAUGAUGCUCGGGUCCAACAUCAACCGCAAGUACCAAAAUACGUCGCUGUUGCUCACGGAGCAAAUGAACGUGUACUUGAAAUUACUCGUGACGCCGGAAAAGAAAGAGAAAUUGCUCAUUUCGAACAACGUGCUCAAGCUCGCCAGCAAACUCCUCAAGGAGCUAAACUCGCCCAACAAGAUAUCAGGGCUUACGAUGAACCCAUUGCUGUACAACGUGACUCGGGUGGUGGUCCUGUCGGCGUUUUCGUCGGCCCUGUCUGAAGUGUUUGGCUUUAAACUCAAGUUGUGGAAAAUGAAAGUAUAAACAUUUGAACAGAACUCAUUCGCAUAACGUUAGUCCCUUA